AGCCAUCAUUCCUAAGCCAAACACAUCGAGUGUAUGCUGCUUUUCUCAAUUCUUUUCGGGGGGGUCAACUCCUGAGGAGCGGAUGAAGAAACACAUUUUGCUUUUUUUCACCUUCAGAGGAAUUGUAAGCAAAGGAAAAAAGGGCAAAAAGAGAAAAUGGCUAAGUUUAUGUUAAGGAAAGCCGAGCCGAAGGACGUGUCUGACAUAUUGCGACUGAUUAAGGAUCUUGCUAAGUUUGAAGAUAUGGAGGAGCAGGUCAUAUUGACCGAAAAAGAACUACUUGAAGAUGGCUUUGGAGAUCAUCCUUUCUAUCACUGCUUGGUUGCUGAAGUCUCAAAAGAAGAUCAGACUUUAGAAGGUCACACCGUAAUUGGUUUUGCGAUGUACUACUUCACCUAUGACCCUUGGAUCGGGAAGCUGCUCUAUUUGGAAGACUUCUUUGUGAUGCCGGAAUUUAGGGGUUUUGGAAUUGGUUCACAAAUCCUGAAGACCCUCAGUGAGACGGCUGUGAAGACUCGUUGCAGCAGCAUGCACUUCAUUGUGGCGGAGUUCAACACCGAGUCCAUCGAGUUCUACAAGCGACGAGGGGCAGCUGAUCUCUCCUCAGAGGAAGGCUGGCGUCUGUUCGCCAUAGACAAAGAAGAUCUACUGAAGAUGACUAAAAAAUAGAUCGGGCCACCUUUGAUAAUCUUGUUAUGAGCUACAUGUAACCAUGAAUUAAAAAUAUUAUCUUACACUUCAUUUGAUUAAAUAAAAACACGACUAUACCUAGGUGUUGCUUACAUUAGUGCAUACAAAAAUAAUCACAAUGAUUAUCUUUUUGAGCUUCAGCGAGUUAUAUAAUAUAUAUAAUAUAUAUGCAAUAUACCUAUUGAUCGAGUUUAUGUUAAACCAAGGCCUCAUAUGCUUUGUUUUGUAUUGAACUUUUUUAUAUUACGUGAGAGUUGAUAAGCCUGCUGAUCGUUUAGUGUUGAAAUUUGUAGCUCUGAAUAAACAUUUUAAUCAUCA